GAGGUUAGCAGAGUCUGCUUACUUCCGCUUUUUUGUCGAUAUUUUUAAGACAAGUGUGCUAUCCAUUUUCCAGUGGACAGGGCGAUUCUGCGAAGUUUUACCUGUUAACGAGGGUGUGCAUGAGUGAUGUCAGGAGUGGGAUCGCGCGGAGACAGGCGUUACUAUGACCGCGACCGGGAGCGAUAUCAUGAGAGCAGACGUGACGAGGACUAUGGCCGAGAACGGACAGGCGACGAUAGGCAGGAUCGGCCUGUGGAAUCUCGACAAGAUCGAAGUUAUAGGGAACCGCCGAGACRUUAUGCACCGGUGUGUUGGAGGGGCAUGCGACAAGAUCGAAGGAAUUGAGAAUGRAAAUUCGMAUGCAUGUUGGAGGGGCAUGCGAGGAGCUACACCAUCGAUUAUUCGAAGCUUGUCGAAGAGUAAGGGGAAGAACAAGCUACCASUAUAUAGCGGAUCAGAUGACGACGAAGAAAGUGCUGAUGACARCGACGUUGAGGCCUUGAGCAAAAAAAUAGGAGGCCUAGAGAUCAGCAAUAAACGCAAGCGCAAUGCCGAACGCGUCAUCGGCGAUAGCCCUCCAAUGGUGACCCCUGCUAAGCGACCGACAAAAAGUGGCMCGCUGUUGCCGAAGCGUCUUGCGCUCAGCUGUCARCAUCUGCCUAUGAAGYGAUCGCCAGASAGGAAGACUCUGGGAGGAACCAUCGCUAAGAUUAAGAAGAUACCCACCACGGUGGGUAAUCCGGGGAAACUACGCUAUGUUAAAGAGAACCUUCGGGUGCUGGGUGGAAUGAAUGUUGAUGAGCUGAAACAGAUAUGUCGAGAUGAGGAUGUGUGCUUCGAAGGCAACAAGAAGAAGAUGGACACUAUCCUAGCUAUUACUGAGAAACGCACACACGAGGCAUAUGACACUGACWAGGAGGAGGAAGAGACUAUCGAAGGCAGCACGACUGGGAUCCAGGAUGAUCCUGCUGAUAAAGAGUCGCAUCAGCCAUUAGAACACGAGGASCAGRAGRAGGAGGACAACUGAACCAUUGGGGACUACWKGCGGCUCCGUGCCAUCAUGACAGGAAGGCAGGGCGCUUUCCAACUGUUCCUAUCUGGUGGACGGCCCUUUCUUUCGACUCUAAACAUAGUUACAAGCACUUUUCGCAGCCACAUUCAUGGAACCUGACUGAUACUAAGUUAGUGCUUACUCUUGCAGUAUGUUGAAUUUCCUCAGCCGCUAAAGUCAAACCCCUUGACUGAGUCGCGUUCCUUUAAAUUGGAUCAGAUAUUGGGGGUCUCUCCACUACUCGCCACCAGCCAUUUUGGUCCGGUGGUGCGGAACCGGGCUGGGCUCCCGAAUAUACGGACGGAUAUUUGAUUUUCAAGYCGGGAAAGGUACCGGUGGUAAGGGGAUCCACAACGAAGGGCAUGGGUGUAAUAUGCUUAUUGCCGCCAAGAAGAUGAGAAGUGGAUGCCGGGGGGUYGUAGCCCCAUAGCAGUAGGGGGGACGAGUCGGACGACCUUUCCGAGAACAGAACGGUAACUAUGGCAACCAAUAACAAGCGUGGCCGGGGUUGCAAAAAACACGGUUGCAAUCUUUCUUAAACCAGCAAAAACCGUAUGAACACUUGCAAAAAGGAGGACAGUCUUCAUCGAUUGUGCAAUGGUCCUGCAGAACUCUGCCUUUGGCGGCGUAUUUGGCGAUGGCCAUGUGGCCACGAUAUGCCUUAGGCUGCUCAUCAUGAUGCUUGACAAGGCGAGCAGUCGCAUGCGAGGCAGCAACUAGGAA